AUGUUGAGAGCAAUUAAUGGUCACACACGUGUUCUGCGACUUCUUCUUUCUGAUCCAUCCAUUGAUGUCAAUGCCACUAACAACUCAUCACGUACAGCAUUGAUCCGGGCAGCUCGUGACGGACAUUUCGAAGCUUUAGAACUUCUCUUGAGUUUUCCAGGCAUCGAGAAGAACAUCGUCGACAAGAAGAAUCGCAGUGCUCUUCAUUACGCAGUUCUUCUCCACCACAAACAGUGCGUUGAGUGUCUUCUGAACGACAAAGAUGUCAAUCCACAACUUCCUGAUGAUUCUAGUUUCACACCUCUUCACAUCGCUGCAUCUAAUGAUUUCUCAGACUUAAUACGUCUUUUCGCCGAUCGAGAUGACGUUGACUUGAACUGCGUCGACUCAAUCCAGUGGACACCUCUCCAUGUUGCCGCUAAAUGCGGCUCAACUAGUUUCGUCGAAGAGUUGCUUCAACACGAAAAUGUCGAUGUCAACCGUCAGAACUUGAUGAAGCGAACUCCUAUUUUCAACGCUAUUGAAAACGAAAAAAUCGAAGUUGUCAAAGUUCUCUUUCUCGUGAAGAUCUCGAUUUGA